GGGAAAAAGAAAAAAAUGAGGAAUAGGAGUCUGACCACUGCCUCAGCAGAGCUGGGACUGUGCCGGGGCUACCUCAGGACAUGUGAGGCAGCUGGCGCUGAUCCUCCUCUUGCUUUUUUCCAGGAAGAAGAGACGAAGCGGCUGCUGGAGCCAGCAGCCAGCCCUCCCAACAAGGUGCUGAAUGGCGCAGAGCAAAGCUACCACAACCUCCCAUCGGCACGCACCGACGAGCAGGCCAUGCUCUCCUCCAUCCUCGCCAAAACAGCCAUCAACAUCAUCGACGUGUCGGCAGCCGAUUCCCAGGGCAUGGAGCAGCACGAGUACAUGGACAGAGCCAGGCAGUACAGCACGCGCCUGGCCAUGCUGAGCAACAACCUGACGCACUGGAAGAAGCUCCCGCUGCUGCCGUCCCUGACCAACCAACCGCACCAAGUGCUCGCCAGUGACCCCGUCCCCUUCGCAGACCUGCAGCAGGUGUCCCGGAUAGCCGCCUACGCCUUCAGCGCGCUCUCACAGAUCCGCGUCGACGCCAAAGAAGAACUGGUUGUACAGUUUGGCAUCCCCUGAGCCCUCCCCGCAGCACCACAGCUUCACGGGUUUUGGGUUGUUUUUCUUGUUUCCUUGGGGUUUGGGUUUUUUGAUUUUUAUUUUUUUUUCUCUCCCCCUUUUUGUCUUUAUUUCUUCUCCCCUCCCUCCCCACGGCGCUGUGACAGAACUUGUACAGACACCGGCUUUCCUGGCGCUGCU